AUGCGUUACUCCACCUUCUUCGUCGCUGCGGCGGUCACCAGCGUUUACGCAACUGCGCCACCUGCCUACGGCGGUAACGCACCAGCUCCAUACGAGUCGCCAAAGGCCCCAGUCUACCCAUCGACUUCGACCACAUGCACCGAGGAGUACCCAGAGAAGCCAACUCCAUACGCACCAAAGGAGACCUACCCUGCGAAGGAGACCUACCCUGCGAAGGAGACCUACCCAGCCAAGGAGACCUACCCGGCUCACGAGACUUACCCAGCCAAGGAGACUUACCCGGCUCACGGGACUUACCCAGCUCACGAGACGUACCCUGCGAAGGAGACCUACCCAGCCAAGGAGACCUACCCGGCACACGAGACCUACCCAGCCAAGGAGACUUACCCAGCUCACGAGACCUAUCCAGCGAGCUCCUCGACAUGCACUGAGUCUUACCCAGCAAAGGAGACCUACCCAGCUCACGAGACCUACCCUGCAAAGCAGACCUACCCAGCUCACGAGACUUACCCUGCGAAGGAGACCUACCCAGCGAAGGAGACCCACCCUGUUGUGUACACCACGGUCUACCACACCAAGACCCAGCAGGAGUACCCACCAACGCACCCAGCUCAGCCACCGGUCUACCCUAACAAGCCAGAGCAGCCAAAGACCCCAGAGGUUCCAUACAAGCCAGAGCAGCCAAAGACCCCCGAAGUCCCAUACAAGCCAGAACAGCCCAAGCAGCCAGAGCACCCACAGAAGCCCCAACAGCCAAAGACCCCUGAGGUCCCAUACAAGCCAGAACAGCCCAAGCAGCCAGAGCACCCACAGAAGCCCCAACAGCCAAAGACCCCUGAGGUCCCAUACAAGCCAGAACAGCCCAAGCAGCCAGAGCACCCACAGAAGCCCCAACAGCCAAAGACCCCUGAGGUCCCAUACAAGCCAGAACAGCCCAAGCAGCCAGAGCACCCACAGAAGCCCCAACAGUCAUACCAGCCAGAGACACCAAAGUCUCCAGAGUACCCACAGAAGCCAGAGCAGCCAAAGACACCUAGUUACCCACAAAAGCCAGAGGCACCAAAGUCUCCAGAGUACCCACAGAAGCCUGAGCAACCAUACAAGCCAGAGCAGCCAUAUAAGCCAGCACCAAGCAUGCCAGCUUACAAGCCAGCACCAAGCAUGCCCGCCGGCUCAUACAAGCCAGCCCCAAGCAUGCCAGCUUACACUAAGCCAUCAUACCCACAGGGAACUGGUGUCUACAAGCCAUCUUACCCAACCGGUGGUGCCUACCCAACUGGCGGCUACAAGCCAAAGGAGACCGUCACCCCAUACACUGGUGGUGCCGCCACCUACGCAUUCAGCGGCUUCGCUGCCGUUGUUGCUGGCUUCGCCGCCUUCAUGGUUUUGUAA